AUGCGCGACAUGUUCACAUACAUUAGAAAGUCUGGCAAGCGUCCAUUGUGGAUUGGAGAGAAUAUAUGGGCUGAGUUGAACACUUCUUGGGGCAGCGCAGAGUAUAGUAGGAGGAGGGAUCAAAAUCAACAGAAUAGAGCUUCUGAUGUUGGGGGCUUGGGUAGCUCCCUUCAUACUGGCGGCUCCAUUCCACAUAUUGAGCAUAGGCGAUGUUUGAAAGAGAUGCUAGGUAGAGAACCUACUCAUGUGGAAUUGCAUAGUCACACUCAUAAGCGACAGGAAGAUCAACAAUGGAUUGAUGAGAGAGGAAAAAAAAGCCCAUGUGAGGGCUAUUCUGGCGGCUCUGUUGAGUAUUCUGAGUACCGCAUCUGGUCGCAAGCCAUUGGAGGAAUGCAACAUGGAAGAGUUUAUGGUUUAGGUUUGCAAGCUCAAGCAUACGAGGGGAUGACCUCCUCUACUGCAUCCAGCUUCACAUCCAGUUCACAUGAAUCCUUAUAUACUCAACAAAUAACUGCCCUUCAAGCAGAGCUAGAACAAGUAAGGAAAUCACAAGCUGAUUAG